AUGAAGUACUCCUUCGCCGUCACCAUGUGGUCGCUGCUGGUCAGCCAGGGUAUGGCUCACAUGGCCAUGACCUACCCUCCUCCUCUGCGCUCCAAGGAGAACCCGUUUUCCACCUCGGCCAACAUCGACUACAGCAUCACCAGUCCUCUGAGUGCUUCGGGCAGCGACUUCCCCUGCAAGGGCACCCUCAACCUCCUGGGAACUGCGGCUGCCCAGUCGGUCGCUACCUGGCAGGCCGGUCAGCAGUACAACAUGACCAUCGCCGGCGGUGCCAACCACAACGGCGGUAGCUGCCAGGCUGCUCUCUCUUACGACAAGGGCCAGACCUUCACCGUCAUCCACAGCUACAUCGGUAACUGCCCUCCCGCUGGCACCUCGUCCUUCAAGUUCACGGUCCCCGCCGACGCUCCUGCCUCCUCGGAUGCCCUCUUCGCUUGGACCUGGUUCAACAACGUUGGCAACCGCGAGUUCUACAUGAACUGCGCCGUCGUGACCGUCACUGGUGGCAGCAGCGGUGCCUCAAGCAGCGCCACUUCCUCGUUCAGCAGCCGCCCCAAGAUCUUCGAGGCCAACAUCGGCAAUGGCUGCAGCACUGCUGAGGGCUCUGACGUCGCGUUCCCCAACCCCGGCCCGGAUGUCGACAACACUUCCAGCAAGACCGCGCCCCCCUCCGGCAACUGCGCUGCCGCUGCUGGCGGUGGCUCCGGUGGUGGCAGCUCUGCCGCCCCCGCCAACCCCGUCGCUUCCAGCGCUCCGGUCGCCAGCAACCCUGUCGCUGCACCCUCUUCUCCUGCCGCGGCUCAGCCUAGCGUUGUCGCUCCCGUCUCCUCGGCUAUCCAGAGCGCGCCUCAGUUCAGCCUUGCGCCCACCACUGGCGCCGCUACAGGCUCUCCCGUCGCCACUUCGCUCCCUGGCGGCGUCUUCAUUCCCGUGUCCAGCAGCAGCGUCUCUUGCGACUCUGAGGUGGAGACCAAGACCACUCUCGCUACCAUCAGCAGACCGGCUCAGACCAACGCUGCUCCCACGGCUAGCGACAUCGUGCCUGUCCCCACUCCCACUGCCCUUCCCUCGGGCGGUGCCAAUGCUCCAGGCUCCAUGACUCCUGGCCUUGCCUGUACCGAUGAGGGCCAGUGGCUCUGCAUCGAGGGCACUCACUUCCAGCGAUGCGCUUCCGGACGGUGGUCGGUUAUCAUGAGUAUGGCUGCUGGUACCAAAUGCCAGUCCGGAACCACUGAGUUCGUCACCUGGGCCAAGAAGAGAAACCACAAGAGAGCCCACGUCCGCCGCUUCCGCUCUGGACACAUCUGA